AUGGAGCUGCCGCUGGGCCUGCGGCGCCCGGUGGUGGCCAUGGCGCCCAUGGUCACACAGAGCGACCGCCCCUUCCGGCGUUUGGUGCGCGCCCACGGCUGCACGCUGUGCUACACCGAGAUGCUGCUGGCCGAGCGCUUCGCGCGCUGCGAGGAGUACCGCAGAAAUGCCUUGGGCGACGGGGUGGCCGAAGAUGACCAUCCUUUGGUGGUGCAGUUUGCAGCCAACGACCCUGCCCUGUUGCUGGAGGCUGCGCGUUGGGCGCAGCACCUGGGCGCGGAUGCCAUCGACCUGAAUCUGGGCUGUCCGCAAUGGAAAGCCAAAACGGGCAACUACGGUGCUUGGUUGGCCGCCGACGAAACCAACUGGCCCUUGAUUGAGGCCAUGGUGGAGAUCUGCCAUCGCUCCAUUGAGAUCCCCGUCUUCUGCAAGAUCCGACUCCAGCCGACGGAGGGUGCCACGUUGGCUCUGGCGCUGCGCCUGCAGCGCGCGGGCUGCGCGCUGCUGGCCGUGCACGGCCGGCGUCUGGAGAGCGUCAAGGCGCGGCGCAGCGGCGCGGCGGAUCUGCCCGCCAUUUCUCGGCUGCGCAAGCAGAUCGCCAUGCCAGUGCUAGCCAACGGCAACGUGCGGCGGGCCCGGGACAUUCUGACCAACCUGAACCUCACCAAGUGCGAUGGCCUCAUGGUGGCGGAGCAGCUCUUGCGCGACCCCGCUCUAUUCCAACGAGCGAUCGGCUCGGCGCCUUCGGUGCUGGAGCUGGCGGCGGAGUAUUGCGGGCACUGCCUGGCGGAGACACAGCGCUUCACCGCGUGGGAGGCGGAGAACGUUGACGUGCUUCGUAGCCACCUGAGGUCGAUGCUCUGCGGUGGGGUGGGCGCCUCGGAGGCGGAUCCGGGCACCGAGCGGCUGCUGGGGGAGGCGACCCGGGCACGGGCCAGGUAUGUGCUCGACUGGUGGCGGAUCCAGCAGGCUACCUCGGUGGAAGAGGCGGUGGCACUCUACCGCGAGCGCUGUGCCAGCAUAUGCCCAGAGGCGAGUGCUGGCUUUCCGGCGCCAGCCGCACCGCCCGCGCCGCGGCAAACGGCGCCCAGCUUCGAGGCGACGCCGCGGCUGGCGCGAGGCUGGCUCCUCAGCGCUGCGGCUGCGGUCAAGGCGCUGGCGGUGUCGCUCUAUGCGUGGCUGUGGCCAACGCCGUGCCAGCCUAGCUGCGUCUCCUCCAAUUCCGCGCGUGUGCGCGGGAAGCGGAGGGAGAAAGGAGCGCCCGCUGCUGCAGCUGCUCCCGAGUGCACUCGAGGGAUCGACUUCAACAACAACCGGAACAAAGACCACACAUGGCCUUCUAUCUUAUGCUCAUUACGAGGAACGACGGCUCCCAAUCGAAACGUAGGCUGGGAAUUUUUCCGGCGCCCUCUUGUGGGAUGCACCUUGCGCCACAAGUCUCAUCGCGGCUAG